CGGGCCUCGCCCCGGGGCCCCGCACUGAGCGGCCCAUGGCGCCUCCCGACGCCCACCUCCUCCUGCUGUCCGCCGCGCUGGCGCUGGCGCUGGCCACCCGCCCCAAACCCGAGUGUUUCACUGCAAAUGGUGCUGAUUAUAGGGGUACUCAGAACUGGACAGCCCUACAUGGAGGAAAGCCUUGUCUGUUUUGGAAUGAGACCUUUCAGCACCCCUACAACACUCUGAAAUACCCCAAUGGAGAGGGGGGUCUCGGAGAACAUAACUACUGCAGGAAUCCAGAUGGAGAUGUGAGCCCCUGGUGCUAUAUUGCCGAACACGAGGAUGGCGUCUACUGGAAAUACUGCGAGAUCCCAGCUUGUCAAAUGCCUGGAAAUCUUGGAUGCUACAGGGAUCAUGGCAACCCUCCACCUCUGACGGGCACCAGUAAGACAUUCAACAAACUCACGAUUCAAACCUGCAUAAGUUUCUGUCGGAGUCAGCGAUUCAAGUUUGCCGGAAUGGAGUCAGGCUACGCCUGCUUCUGUGGGAAUAAUCCUGACUACUGGAAGUACGGGGAGACGGUCAGCACGGAGUGUAACAGUGUCUGCUUUGGGGACCAUACCCAGCCCUGUGGUGGUGAUGGCAGGAUCAUCCUCUUCGACACACUUGUUGGCGCCUGCGGGGGAAACUACACUUCCAUGACAUCGGUGAUCUAUUCUCCAGAUUUUCCUGACACCUACUCCACAGGGAGGGUCUGCUACUGGACCAUUCGGGUCCUGGAAGCAUCCCAGAUUCACUUUAACUUCACCCUGUUCGACAUCAGGGACUCGACAGAUAUGGUGGAGCUACUCGACGGCUAUACCCAUCGCGUCCUGGUGCGGUUCAGCGGCCGAAACCGUCCCCCACCCUUUUUCAAUGUCUCCCUGGAUUUUGUCAUUCUGUAUUUCUUCUCUGACCGCAUCAAUCAGGCCCAGGGAUUUGCUGUCUCGUACCAAGCUAUCAAGGGACAGUUACCUCAGGACAGACCCCUGGUUAAUCAGACCUUCGCCGAGGUGAACACCGAGCAAGCCAACCUCAGUGUCAGUGCCGCCCGAUCUUCCAAGAUCCUUUACGUCAUCACCACCAGCCCGAGUCACCCCUCUAGCACCGUUCCAGGAUGGACAGUUUAUGGAUUUGCAGCUCUUCUCAUUCUGACUGUUACAGCCAUUUUAGCAAAGAUACUUCUACAUGUCACGAUGAAGUCCCACCGGGUUCCUGCUGCAGGGGAAUUGAGAGAUUGUCACCAGGCAGCCCCCUCGGGAGAAAUCUGGACUAUCUUUUACAAACCCACCAUGUCCAUCUCCAUCUUUAAGGAGAAGUUGAAGAGCCAGAGCCAGCAAGAUGAUCGCAAUCCUCUCGUGGGUUACUAGGAACCAAGUAGGUCGGUCAGCCCAGAACGCAACGUUCCCUCAUCAUUCAGGCUGCGCAAGAGAUAGUCUCCUCUCCCUCACAGUUUCCUCCUCGACCAGCUCCUUUCCAGCUUUCCUUUAUCCUCAGUAGGGCUCCUCGCCUGUGGAUACCACACACACUGGGAAGGAUGGUAGUGCUGGUGAUUUGGAAAUUUCUCUGGACUCUGAUGGCUCUUAAACACUCUCUUUGGAUAAGCUGUCUUUAAGGUGCAUUCAGAGGUUCAAAGGUCCACCACCAAUCAGUUAUCUAGCAUAGGAAUAGGGGAUAUGGGAACUUAGGAAGAAUCAUGGGUGCUAGAGAUGGUUUCCUCUGAUAUUUUUUUUUUUUUAGCACGGACGCAUUAUUGAUGACCGUUGGACAAGGUAAGGUGUGUGUACUUAUCGGGAAAGUCAUUCUAAAGGAAUAGCAUUCCUAGGGUAUUAAACAGAAUUUGGUUUAAGCCUCCAGGAUAUGAAUAUAUAU